AUUAGUACUACUUGUAAGUAGUGUUAAUUUACGUUACGUUAAUGUGUAGUCUUAGUGAUAAGAAAUACAAAAGGUUUAAAAUCGUUGUACUAUGCCUUGGCUAUGUUUGAUAAGAGAUUAACUGAUGAUUGUGGUAACAUAAAAGCAUAAUCCUGAGGAUGGCUGUUUCUGACCUUGAAGUCAACCAUCAUCAGACUGAACUUGAUUCAGAUUUUGAGGAACUCAACCUUCCUGUAACAGAUGAUGAGUUGGAUGAAGAUUCAUUGCCAGUGACAGAGUGCUCUCGUGGUAUUUCUUUUUGUCGAAUUCAUGAACCAACAUAUGCUUUUGAUGAUGUUAAGCAACAUAUGUUUAUACCACAUUGUGGGAUUUCCAUUAGAAUUUCUAAUGAAGAAAGAUGUUCCACCUCCCAUUUUUUGAACCCAAACUUGUAUAUUAUUGAGAUUCAACAUGGCAACUUCCAAUGGACUGUCAAAAGACGGUACAAACAUUUUCAUGAGCUCCAUAAGCACCUUAGAGUUUACCGUGCAAAGAUGGCAAUACCAAUUGGCACUCGACAACAUCAAGAACGUAGACAGAGUUAUCAUAAGGUUUGCAAGAAAAAAGGUAAAAAAAGUCUUCCACGCUUCCCUCAACGGCCAGAAGCUCUGAUAGCUCAUGACCUUCUUGACAGAAGGCGGGCACAACUAGAAGACUAUUUGAAGAAUUUACUUGCUAUACCCAUUUAUAGGUGUCAUCCUGAGACACUAAAGUUUUUGGAAAUAAGCCCUGUCUCCUUUAUUGAAGCUCUGGGCCAAAAAGGCAAGGAAGGAUUAGUAAAAAAACGCUCAGGUGGACAUCAAGUUGUAACUGUUUGUAUGAGGUUUAAAUGGAUUUUCUUUUAUUUCUGUAGCAGCUGGAGGAAAAGGUGGCUUGUCUGUAAAAACAACUUCAUUGCCUACAUUCGACCUCGGGAUGGAAUCAUCAAGUCUGUUCUUUUGAUGGAUCAAGGAUUUCAUGUGGAACAAGGGAUUAUCAGCACUGGAAUACCUCAUGGCCUGUUAAUCUCAAACCUCUCCAGAAAGUUGCUGGUCAAGUGUUGGACUAAACGAAAACAACAAGAGUGGGCCCAAUAUAUCAUGGAAGUUGCCAACACAUCUGCUAGAGAUUUUACACAACAGAACCGUUAUGAUUCUUUUGCUCCUGUUCGAAAUAAUGUUUCUUGCCGCUGGUUUAUAGAUGGUGCUACUUAUUUUGAAGCUGUGGCUGAUGCAUUGCAACUUGCUCAAGAAGAAAUUUUCAUUACAGACUGGUGGUUAAGUCCAGAAAUCUAUUUAAAACGACCAGUAAUUCAUGGUGAAAGGUGGCGCUUAGAUAAAAUUCUUCAACGUAAAGCACAACAGGGUGUUAAAAUAUUUGUCCUUCUCUACAAAGAAGUUGAACUGGCACUUGGAAUAAAUAGCUUGUACAGCAAGAGGCAGUUGGUGCAACAACACCCAAAUAUCAAGGUCCUCCGUCAUCCAGAUCAUGUGCCAGGAGGAGUGCUGUUCUGGGCUCAUCAUGAAAAGAUCAUAGCUAUAGACCAAACCUAUGCUUUUAUUGGUGGACUGGAUCUGUGCUAUGGUAGAUGGGAUGAUUACCUUCACAGGUUGACAGACUUAGGUGGUAUUGCUGUGAACAAGCCAAGAGCUAAUACAGUUUCUCCUGGAAUACAUGCAUCUACUUCACCAAUAGAUACACCAUUAAUUCAACGAUCUCACUCGGCAUUACAGUUGGAUAUGUUGGAUUCCCCAAGUAAUCCAACUGAACAGUCUACUAUGCUAAUACCAAGUAUUCACAUUUCCUCUUCACUAUCAGUAGAAAAUAUAUCUUACCAGAAUCAGGUCACUAUACAGCAAGCCACUUGUGAUUCAGAUUUACCAAAUGCCUUUGAAGCUAGAAAGGAAGAUGAGGAAGUACCUGAUGAUAAAGGACUUGGUACUGAUAAUGCAAGAAAAACUGAAAUUCAUAAGGAACAAAACACAAAAAAGUGGAAGUAUAUAAUACAAAAGAAAAAACAUUCAGAAAAUCUAGAUUCUGAUGACGAUAAUCCUGAAGGUAACAUGGAUGAAAUGAAGAAACUAAAAGAUGGAAAACAGGAAGCUGAUGAUGAAGUGGAUGAACAUGGUUUUAAAGGGAGAAGACUGUACUCAAGCAGACACAAAAGUCGGAAAGUUAUUCAGGCAGUUGCAAGGUUGCAAGCUUUGAAACACCGUAUGAGGAGGCAUUCAUCUGGUUCUAUAGACUCUCUCAACGAGGGAUUCAGUAACACGUUAAACAUCCCAGUUGGGGACUUGCGUCAGUCCACCAGUGAAAUAGCAUUAAAUGAGCUUGGCUUAAAGGGGACUCCAAAAUUGUGGUUUGGGAAGGAUUAUAGUAAUUUCAUUGUGAAGGACUUUAUCCAGCUUGAACAGCCAUAUCAAGACCUUGUUAAUCGCAACACAACCCCCAGGAUGCCUUGGCAUGAUAUUGGCCUCCUUCUUCAGGGCAGCAGUGCUAGAGAUGUAUCUCGUCAUUUUAUUCAGAGAUGGAAUUUCACAAAGUUUGAAAAAGCUAAGCAGUAUGUGAAAUAUCCAUGGCUGUUACCCAAAGCUUAUGACAACCUCAACAACUUCCCAAGUCUUCCCAAAGAAUCAACAGGACAAAUGUUGUGUGCAAAUGUUCAGAUAUUGAGGAGCAUAGGAGAAUGGUCAGCAGGAGUAAGGGAGACAGAACAGUCAAUUCACAAUGCCUAUAUAGAUAUUAUACAAAAUGCUAAACAUUUUAUUUAUAUUGAGAAUCAAUUCUUCAUCACCCAGGCUGCUGGAAACACUUAUGUCUUCAAUGAAAUUUCUGAAGCUCUGUAUCGACGCAUCAUAAUAGCACAUAAAAACAAAGAAAAGUUCCGUGUUUAUGUUGUGAUGCCAUUAUUGCCAGCAUUUGAAGGAGAACUUGGAACAACUGGAGGUACAGCUAUUCAGGCUAUUACACACUGGAACUAUGCUUCCAUAUCUCGUGGUCCCAACUCUCUGUUACAAAGACUAAGUGCAAGAGUUGGAGAUCCUACAAAUUACAUUUCAUUUUACGGACUUAGAAAUCAUGAGACAUUGCACAACAAUCUGGUUACUGAAUUAGUGUAUGUUCACAGUAAAAUGAUGAUAGUAGAUGAUCGAACGGUCAUCAUUGGUUCAGCUAACAUCAAUGACCGCAGUUUACUGGGUGAGCGAGAUAGUGAGAUAGCUGCAGUCAUGGAAGAUGUGGAUUUCCAAAAAUCUAUCAUGAAUGGAACACCAUAUCAAGCAGGUGUAUUUGCUGGGACUUUAAGAAAAUCUCUUUUUAGAGAACAUCUUGGGCUAGAUGAAAAGAAUAGUGAAACAGAUCUCAGAGAUCCAGUCUCAGAUACUUUCUAUAAGGAUGUAUGGCUAACUGUUGCUGCACUUAAUACUUCCAUAUUUGAAAAAGUCUUUCGUUGCAUACCUACUGAUGAAGUUCAUAAGUUUGCUCAGAUUAAGACACACCAAACUCAGCAAGGUCUGGCUCAAACAAACCCUGCUAAAGCUCAGCUAGAGCUACAGAAAGUUCGAGGCCAUCUUGUUCUGUUACCGUUAUCAUUCCUCAGUGAAGAGGAUCUCACUCCUAGUUCUGGAACCAAAGAAUAUUUCCUGCCUACUUUUACAUGGACAUAGUAAAUAUUUAUAAGCGUCAUAAUUGAAGUAUCAUUUGUUGGCUUUCAAUUAUUAUAAAGUAGCUAAAGGGAACUGCAUUUAAGUAAAAUGUAAUCUGCCACAAUAAGUAAUAAGACAUCGAGGUUCUACCUAUAGUAAACUCCUACAUUUUCUGUUGAAAGAUUCAGAGUGUGAAAAGUAUUUAUCAAAAUGUUUUUGCAAUAUUUAGCCAAGAAAUUUAAGAAUUACAUGUAUGUUUUGAUUUUUUUUUAAAGCAAUGAGCCAACAGAAUACUUACUAAACUUUAGUUCAUUCACAGAACUGGUCUCAUUGCAAAAUUAAAACACUCCAAAGGUAAGGGAAGUGUGAGACAACUUUCCAUCCUCUUUUUUUCACUUUUCAUUCAUAUAAUCUACACUGUUUUGAAUAUAGGAUUGUUGUGUUUUUGUUUUUCUUUAUGUUCCUAUGGUGCUGGGAAAGACAUUAACAAAAAUUUGUUUUGUUUGAGUUUUGGUAAAGUUUAUUUUAUGCAUGUAUUGUGUGCAUUCUUAAGGGUUAUAUAUAUUACAUUGUUAUUGUAAUAGUGAUUGUUAGUAUGCUCAAAGUUAGCAUGUAUUCAUAUUGAUUGAUGUUAAAAGAAAGUCAGUCUUGCACACUAAACCAAAGGUUUUCCAUUGCUAAACUUAGGAACCUCAUUCAGUUUCACUUUUAAUUGAAUUCCAUGUGUUUGUUAUAGUAUUGAAUCUAAUCUACUUCAUCUAUGUUAAAGUAAACGAAAUGUGGCAGAAAUUAAUUUAUUUAAUCAACCCAAGGUUUUCACUGUUUAACUGACAUAUAUGAUUUUAUUGGAGAAAAAAAAAGUAAUAGAAAGAGGCCAAAAUUAGCAAUUGUUUUUUCACUCUAUUUUUAUUACAAUCACUACAUUCAGACCUAAUAAUAUAUUUUUAUUACAUUGUCUCAUCAGCAAAACAGAUGAAGUUAUCAUUUAGGGUUUUAAUAUAAUGUUGGAUGAGAGUAUAAGUUCUCCCCUACACACACAUUCUCCAUGGGUAUGCAAAAUGUAAAACAAAAGUAAAAGUUAAGUUAUUCAAUUCUAAUGCAACUGAUCAACUUUAUAUUGUACUUAUUUGGAAGUUAGAAAAUCUUCAAACAGUGCUUGAUUAGCACUGAAAACCUACGAUAAGAAGUAAAAAUAUGGGGUUCUUUCAUUCCUAGAAAAAACCCACUGAAUAAUUUAGUAUGUCUCCAAGUAAAAUUUUUGUUAUUUUCUUACUAUCUUUAAGAUUGCCUUUCUUCAAACUUUUUGUAACUCUACUAAGAAGUAUUAACAUUAUGGAUUAUAUAGAAAAGUGUCUUUGGCAUGAACAGAUUGUCUUCUAUUUUUGAAUUUGUGUGUUAUAUGAAACAGAAAUACAACUUUCAACUGUUAAAAAAAAGCAAUAAGUAUUGUGAUGAAUCUUUCAAAUGUGGAUAUUAAUGGAUAAUAUUGAGCAUGUUCGUAGAUUGUUUGUUCUUAAAUAUUAUAUAAAGUAUAAAGUCUUCCAUAAAAGAUGGUGCUACAUCUUUAAUAUUCAGCUAUAUAUUUCCAGUAUUAACUAAUGUACCAAUGAAAAGUUCCAUAAUUUAUAAAGUUUGAUUUGAUUUUAAAAAUAAAGUUUAUUGCAUGAAUCUUUUUGGACUUUGCUGUUUCAUCUGAGUAAAUUUGCCAACUUAAUAUAAAUGGAUGCUUGUGACAUGAAACCAUCAUUUGGCCUCCUAACUUCUUGCUAAGGAAAUAUUUAAGUAUAUAUAUUUGUUUCAAGUAUAUAUCACAAUUUUGGAUUGUACAAUCAGAUGCAACUAAUCUAAGCUUCAUGUAGAUGAUACUGAAGUACAAAUUAUAAUUCAAUGACAGACACAGAAAGUAUUAAUAUAUCUAUAUAUUUACUGUUAGAGAUUUUGAGUGAAUAAUUAAGUGAAGUAGUCCAUUCACCCAUAAAAUUACUCUAAAACUCAUAACAUGAGGAUGAAUUAAUUAUACUGGAACUUAAUUGGUUAAUCUACACUAUGUUGUACUUUUUCUUUUAUUACUCAAGCUUUCAGAUCAGUUACUAAAGUAGUGGCAUAGGAAGUGGGAGGGGGGGGGAAUUUUUCAAAUUGUGCAAGUGAAAAUAGGUCAAAAUUAGGAAAAUUACUCUCAGGAAAAGCAGGAGAAUACUUCCAGGACCCUAAGGCGAGCCCUUUACUCUGGCAGUAGUUGCUGUCUGUGGUGCACAUUCCCUCAUUCCACUUUAUUAAAUAAACCUUGCCCCCCCCCACUUUAAAUUUGCCUACUACAUAUCUGUUGAGCUUUUGAGAAUUGUAGGAUGUUCAAUUAGUAAGAGCAACUAAAGUAACAGUUCAAAAUACAAGUUGGCUAGCAACAGUAAUAACAAAGAAGUGCCCUCUAUAGUUUUACAAGAAAUAAACAAAUUGAAAUGUUAAAAAAUAAUAGUAAGUAAAAAUUAUAACUGAGCCAAAUUUGUAUUGUUUUGUCCUAACAUCAGGCUACAAUGGAAAAGUAAGACAAAGAAAAUUGGUAAUUGAGGUUUAUAACAGUAUUACACCAAUGAAUAGUUUGAUUUCUUUGAUGAAAGGUAACCAGCAAGUGUGUAAAGAAAAAUCAUUAUUUUGGUUAAAACCUGUAGAAGGACCACAUCCAUGUAUUGAUAUUGCAGUAACUUCAUUUUUUCUUCUUGGUGUCAUCCUUGUUAAUUAUUUUUAUAUUCUUAAGGUUAAUGUCGUGAUUGCUAUCUAUUGAGCAUGUAAUGCAAUAACUAAGUAUCUGUGGAAGCAUGUAUGAUGUCUCUUUGAUGGCUUACCUUUAGGUAGGAUGCUCUUAAUUUAGGUGGGCUCUUAAAAAUUGUCCGAAUGUUACAGGUAUUCAUUAUUCUUUUUUUCUCCAAAGUCAGGGCUCAGGGUUAGACAAAACCCUUUGGAGCAUCUGGCUUCUAGAUUUUGUAAUUUGGUAGUUAAUUAAACAUUCAGGGGCCAACUGAAAUAUUAUUAAAAUUUGAUGACGAGGAACCCACUUUGAGGCUAAUAAUGGCUGGAGACGGCUUGAAUGGGUAAUGAAGAAAAACUUUAAUAUAAGUUUUUCUUCAUUACCCAUUCAAGCCGUCUCCAGCCAUUAUGAAAUAUUAUUAAUUCUUUAGCUACAAUUAUUUAAUGGUCAACUCCACUAAUAUUAAAGUGGGUACAAUUAAUUUACUAAUAUGAAGUAUUAACUAAGAUGGAAUGUUGAAAAAUACAAAACCUCUAUCUUUGAUAUAGGUUUAAAAAAUGAUGAAAUAAAAAACUUGAAUUGUUCCUUUUUCUUAAGCCAGCUAUACAUUUGAAACCAACAAUUCUGGAUUUUUCAAACUUUACUAGUACACUGUUUUUUGGGAUUCAACAUUUGAUUUGGUUGUCAGUCUUCUCUGUCUGCGUAAUUCAAUGAUAUAUCUUAAAGAAUAAUGAAUUGAUUUUGAAGUUGACAUUUUGCCCUAUGUCACCCACCAAUUUAAUUAUAUGACUUUUACACUUUUCAAGUAUGGAGGCUCAUAAUGUUUUCAUGGUUAUAUGGCAGUGAAGAAGUGAUGUCUAAUAUGUAAUGUGCAGUUGCAAAUUUAUUGGAUUUUAAAAGGGGGUCAAACAAUUGACGACUAUUAAAAAUAAAAUACAUGAGAAGUAUUGUUAGUUUUUUUAUCACAGUACCGUAUACAAUAGUAGUGUGUUUUUUUUCACAGAUUUAAUAUUUGACAUUACCACCCCCACAGUCAUGAAGGGUAAUACUAAUCAAUAUAUGAUCAUCAAGACAAAAUUUUGGUUGAUCCUCACAAUCUGCAUCUUGCAAAUUUGAGCCCUGUAAGUUCUAGGAAAUAUGGUAUGGCAGUCCUGUGUUUAUCUUCAUUGUUAAGUUCCACUAUACAAAAUUAAAAGUGUUAAUUUUAUUUCUUUUUUUCACUUCCAUUUACCUUUCUUUAUGACAGAGGGUCAGAGAAUGUGUGACAUUAUUAAUUUCAUAUUCUUUUAGCAGCAUUUUGACAAAUGCUUCAAAUGAAAUAUAGAGAAAUGCUGAUACUAUAAUAUACCUCAGAUAAAACAUUCAGAUUAUUUUUUUUAUAUACCCAAUAUUAGAAACUGUUAAAAAGUAUUUAAUUUAAAAUAGCUGUUGAUAACAAAUAACUAUUGAUAGUACUUGUAGUAUUUCCUCUUUUUAAAGAAGGGGAUUUGUGAUUAAUAUGUUGUAUGAUGUUUUAAUAAAAU